CACCCUCUCAAAAUACACAAUAGCUUUUGACAGACUAAACCUAUAUUAUCUUAACAGAUAAGCAUAAUGCUGCUUCUUGGUCUGACGGGCAGCAUUGCGACUGGCAAGUCAACAGUCUCCAGCUUGCUAGCAGCGCCGCCGUACAAUCUGCCCGUAGUAGAUGCGGACAAAAUCGCUAGACAAGUUGUAGAGCCGGGAACGGCAGGUUACCAACAGAUAGUUGCUCACUUCGGUCCGACGACACCAGACUUGCUGCUUCCACCAAGCCCAGAAAGCGGCGGGGAGCAUGGGCACAAUGGCAAAGGCAGACCGCUCAACCGGCCUGCACUUGGUCGGAGAGUCUUUGGCGAAGGCAAGGAGACUGAUCGGAAGGCUUUGAACAAGAUUGUCCACCCGGCUGUCAGGAAGGAGAUGUACCGCCAGAUGGUAAUGGCUUACUUACGCGGAAACUGGGCGGUUGUGCUUGACGUGCCGUUACUGUUCGAAUCGGGCUGGGAGCCUCUGUGCGGAACGAUUCUCGUCGUGGCUGUCUCUGAUGCAGUGAUACAGAUGCAGCGACUGCGAGCACGCGACGCACAUCUGACGGAAGAAGAUGCGAACAACAGGGUUGCUGCACAGUGGGAUGUACGAGACAAGGCGCAGCGAUGUUUGCGGCGCGGAGAAAGUGCGGGCGUGGUUGUUUGGAACGACGGAGACAAGGAAGACUUGAAGCGUGAGGUGGACAGGGUCAUGACGGUUGUACAAAAGCAUCACCCCAAGUGGUGGGCUCUCUUGCUCCUGCUUUGUCCGCCAUUAGCAGCCGUCAGCGCAACGUGGAGCUAUGUGCGGAUGUGGUGGGUAAAGCGGGAGUGGGAGAAAGAGAAGCAGCAGCUGAAGGCGAAGCUGUAG